GGCGGGAACCCGGAAGUGGUGCCAGGGGGUGAGGAGGCGCAUGGAGGGGCCCUUAAAGGCUCGGGGUCCGGGGGCCGCUGUGCCCUGACCCUGGCACCAAUGGCCGACGGCGGGGCCGAGCCUUGGAACGAAGACAAGCACCCAGAGGACCCCCCAGCUCCCCAGCCCCCCACAGCCAGCCCGGGCCACGGCAGGACCCCGCAGCGCACCGAGGACACCUCCGCCAGGAAGAGACCUCGGCUGUGCCCGGGCACCCCCCCGGAGAGCCCGCGGGUGCCAGGGGGUGCCAGGGCAGGCUGGGGGCCGCGGGCAGGCAGGGUGACAGGGCUGUACGCCCGGCUGCUGCGGGAGCUGGAGGCAGAGGUGGCCGAGCUGCAGCGGGCGCUGGCGGCCCGGGACGAGGCCGUCCUGCACCGGGACCGCCGCAUCCGGCAGCUGGAGCUGGAGAACCGGCAGCUGCGGAGCCACGUCCGGAGCCUGGAGGAGGAGAACGAUCUGCUGUCCUCCGGGGACGGGCAGGGGGCAGCCGUCACCACCGCUGCCGCUGCUGCCACCGCUCCCACUGCUGCCACCAGGACCUUGCUGACUUCGGGCAGCGGCUGCCUUGGUGUCAGUGACAGCAACAUUCAGUUCCUCAAGGGCCUCUUGGGGCUGCUGGAGAGUGACAGCACAGCUCAGGUUGGGGGGCUCCAGCCCUUCUCUGCUGCCAGCCCUGGGGAGCAGGGCUGUGCCCCAGCCGACGUCCCCAGGAGUCCCCUGGCCUGGCAGCUGCGGGCAGGGCUGCCUGGUGGCUUCCCCCCGUCCCUGGGCACCGAGGAGAGGGCUGGCAGCCCGACCCUGCUGACCACCAGCAGCUGCCUCUGGGAGGAGAGCGUGGGGGACACGCUGCCCGACGGCACCCCGCUCUGGGCAUCGCCUGUCGAGGAGAACGGCAGACCCAAGCUGGAGCUGGUGCCCAACUCGGGGGUCUACAUCACCCACCCCCAGCUGGAUGACCUCUCCCAGGUGUCCACGGAGAAGCCCAAGCUGAUGACCAGGCGCCUGCUGGGCUACUUCUUCUCGCGGGAGACGCUGGCGCGCUCCUCGGCCGCGGGGCAGCGGACUGCCCACAACAACCCCAGCAUGGAGCGGCCUCUGCGCCUGCCCGUGCCCGUGGUCACUGCCAUCAAGGAGUAUGUCACCAAGAUGUGUGGCCGUGGCUGCAACUUCAACGCCGUCAUCAACAGCAAGUGUGGCACCUCCCGGAGGGCUGUCAGGAAGAGGAGGGUGAAGAUGGAGUGAGCUGAGCCCCACAGGGUGACCACAGCCCCUGGGCCACAGGGUAGGGACAAGCCCAGAGCCCUCCAGCGCUGCAGGCUGGGAGAAGGGACGAGGAGGGCCCCAGCAGGGCUGGGAGGAUCAUCCCCAUCCACCCCCCCCCCCCAGAGAGCAGCUGGAUCAGAGCCCAGGGGCAGGACAGGAGCCAGGGAGGUGCCAGUGCCCUGGGGGCAGUGUUGUGGUGCCAGGGGCAGAGCUGCUCCCUCACACACAGCCACAGAAGGGUAGGGGUUGGGAGGGACCCUCUGCAGAGCACCCAGCCCAAGCCCCCUGCCCAGGCAGAGCCACCCAGGGAAGGUCACUCAGGAGCACAU